ACUCAAAUGAUAUUCCCUUCCCGUUCCCUCUCUUUUCUUCAAUCACCUCUCUCUAUGCCUAUUUUACUUGCCCAAAUUUAGAAAGGAAAAAAAAAACUCUGCCCAUUUUUCUCCAAACAAAACAGGUUUCCAAUUUCCUGCCAAAAUGAAGUGGCCAAGGCCAAGCGGAUGGCAAUGCAUCGUCUACAGCAGCUUCGUCGUCGCUUUAGUUUGCAUCAUCCAGUCAAUCGACGAGAUUCGUUUUGAGAGUCUCUUCAAGUUGGAUAGAAUACCCUUAUUCCUUCCAAAAACAUUUCACCAUUCAACCAACGAGUCUACUGCUAGGAAUACCCCACCGAAGACCAUCCAAAUACCACUCAACUGCACAUCGUUGGGUAACCGCACCCGAAAUUGCCCUGCGAACUAUUACCCAAAGAACUUCUUCCAGUAUUCCCAAUUAGGCGGCCAAGAUGAUGAUCAUCAGGAAUAUCAAGGAGGAGGGUCGACGUGCCCGGACUACUUCCGUUGGAUCUACGAGGAUCUACAGCCGUGGAAGGAGACGGGGAUCACGGCGGAGAUGGUGGAGAGGGCCUGGCCUGCGUCCAACUUCAGGCUGGUAAUAGUGGACGGAAGGGCUUACGUGGACAGACGGAAGAAGGCGCCUCAGACCAGUGAUGUUUUUACGCAGUGGGGAAUCCUACAAUUGUUACGGAGGUAUCCUGGGAAAUUACCUGACCUGGACCUGAUGUUCAGCGUUGCCGACAGGCCAGUUAUCAAAUCGGAAGAUUACCAUGCGACCACCCCACCUCCAUUGUUCCGGUAUUGCGGAGAUGAUGACACGGUCAACAUUGUUUUCCCCGAUUGGUCCUUUUGGGGAUGGGCAGAGAUAAAUAUAAAACCAUGGGAAGAAUUGUUAGAGGAAAUAAAAGAAGAAGAUAAGAGGAAGAGAUGGAUGGAUAAGGAAGCUUAUGCAUUCUGGAGGGGCAACCCGAGGACUUCUGCAAGUAGAAUGGAACUCAUGAGAUGUAAUGUUUCUCACAAACAGGACUGGGGUGCUCAUUUGUACAAACAGGAUUGGAAUAAAGAAAGAGCGGAAGGGUACAAGCAAUCAAACCAGGCCAGCCAGUGUACGCACAGGUACAAGAUAUACGUUGAAGGAAUCGGAUGGUCGGUGAGUGAAAAAUACAUUCUUGCCUGUAAUUCUGUAACGUUACUGAUGAAGACACGUUACUACGAUUUCUUCUCAAGAGGAUUGAUGCCGAUGCACCACUAUUGGCCCAUAAACGAUCAGGGCGACAAGUGCAGAUCUAUUAAGUUCGCCGUUGAAUGGGGCAACAGCCACGAGCAAGAGGCACAAGACAUCGGGAAGGCGGGAAUCGACUUCAUUAGAGAGGAUUUGAAGAUGGAUCAUGUGUAUGACUACAUGUUUCAUGUGUUGAAUGAAUAUGCCAAACUCUUGAGAUAGAUGCAAGUCCACCAUACCUGAAAGAGCUCUCGAAAUUUGUUCGGAGACAUUGGCUUGUCCUAAGGUGAGAGUGCACAAGUCGUUUAUGAUGGAAUCGAUGGUGAAGGGUCCGACAGACUUGAGCCCAUGUAAUGUGCCUCCUCCAUAGGAUGCUCUUGCGUUUCAAGCACUUCUCGAAAGAAAAGCCAAUGCAAUUAGCCAAGUAGAGUUGUGGGAGAAGAAAUACUGGGAGAAUCAAACUAAAAAUAAUUAGUCAAGUUCCUUGGGAGUAUUUUCAUCCGUAGCCGGCGGGUAUAGGAAUCCGUUCAUGUGUACUUUAUGCCUCAAUUUCUAGGUAAAUAAUGAGUAAGCUAGCAGUGAUUACUCUACAUAAUUAUGAUAAAAA